AUUUCUAACUCUGGGCCAAAAUGAUUAAGAUGUAGACAUUUAUUGGGGGUUUGAGAUGCAUUAACACAAGCUUUCAAAAAUGAUCGGGGUAGUUAGGAUGUCCUAUUAAAAACCGGUAAACGUACAAGUUGGGCAGAAAAAUUUCAGCGAGGAUAGGUCUGCUGUGAGGUGUCGGUUAAGUAUUUUUUUAUUGUAAAUUUUGUGCAAGCAUAUAUUCAACGCGCAUAGUUGGUUGGUAUUGUUGUUGUUGCGGCCAUCUAGCUCCAAAUAAAGAAACUUUUGCGGAGCUCAUCUAGACCCAUCUUCUUCCAUUCUCUGCCACAAAGUUAUUAAAAUUUAUAGCUUUUUUUUCUUGUAGACCUUGUGAGUUUGGCUGUUUUUUUAUCUGGGUUUGAGUCAGUUUUCUGGGUUUUUACUUGGGAUUUACAGAUUGUUAAAUGGGUAUUGUCUAAAUUUGGAUUUUUGAUUGGGAUAAAAGACAAAGAGGUUUAAAAAUGUCUUGGAAGAGCAAAGGGGUAGAGCCAGCUUCAAAGAAUGUAGUCUCUCGGAAAUUUACCAUUUUGAUGUGUAUUGGCUGCUUUUGUGCUGGGAUGUUCUUCUCCGGGAGAAUGUGGACAGUGCCUGAGGUUAAAAGCAUAUCAAGGACAAGUCGAGAGGAUGAUGAAAUGCCAAAGUUAAUUUCUGGUUGUGAUCAAUCUAAUAAGGAUGCAGAACAAGAAUCCAAGGACUUGCGUGGGGAAGUUUCAAAGUCUCACCAUGCUAUACGAACAAUGGACAAAACAAUUUCAAGUUUGGAAAUGGAACUAGCUGCAGCAAGGGCAGCACAAGAAUCUGUACUUAAUGGUUCCCCUGUAGAAAAUAUAAAAGUUCCCGAGUCUAAUGGGAAAAGGAAAUAUUUGAUGGUCAUAGGAAUCAAUACUGCCUUCAGCAGCCGAAAGCGAAGAGAUUCAAUCCGUGAUACUUGGAUGCCCCAAGGUGAUAAAAGGAAGAAGCUUGAGGAAGAGAAGGGCAUCAUAGUUCGUUUUGUUAUAGGUCACAGUGCUACAUCGGGUGGCAUCCUUGAUAGAGCCAUUGAAGCAGAGGACAAAAAACAUGGUGAUUUCUUGCGGCUGGAGCAUGUCGAGGGUUAUCUUGAAUUAUCAGCGAAAACAAAGAUUUACUUUGCAACUGCUGUUGCUCUCUGGGAUGCUGACUUUUAUGUUAAAGUUGAUGAUGAUGUCCAUGUAAACAUAGCAACACUUGGAGCUACUUUAGCUAGGCAAAGGGAGAAGUCCAGGGUGUAUAUAGGAUGCAUGAAAUCUGGUCCCGUUCUAGCCCGAAAGGGAGUGAGAUACCAUGAACCUGAGUACUGGAAAUUUGGCGAGGAGGGUAACAAGUAUUUCCGACAUGCCACAGGCCAGCUAUAUGCUAUCUCAAAAGAUCUGGCCACGUAUAUAUCCAUUAAUCAGCAUGUUUUACACAAGUAUGCAAAUGAGGAUGUUUCUUUGGGUUCGUGGUUCAUUGGAUUGGAUGUGGAGCACAUUGAUGACCGAAGAUUAUGUUGUGGCACACCACCAGAUUGUGAGUGGAAAGCUCAGGCUGGCAAUGUUUGCGUUGCUUCAUUUGAUUGGACCUGCAGUGGGAUUUGCAAAUCCGCUGAGAGGAUCAAGGAGGUCCACCGGCGAUGCGGAGAGGGUGAGAAUGCCUUGUGGAAUGCAGUAUUCUAAACAACAUUCUUCUUCCAAAACUCAGGAAGAAGCAGGGAAGCAUAUAUGUAUAUGCUGAGAGCUUGUUCUAUAACAUUCCUAUGGUGAAAUGCUUGCAACAUAAUGUGAAAUGAGGAUAAAAAAACUAUAGGAGUUGUUGAUGCCCUUGGGGAUUCUACUCCAUUUUAGAUGAGGAGAAAAACCCAAUAGCAAUCCCAGAAGAGGCAAAGAGAUUGCAGUUUUAACCCUUUUUUUUUUCUUUUUUUUUUUGUUAUUAUCAUUCUUUACAAAGUGUUUUGCAAGGCUAUUGAAUUUGUUGAGCCUGUCAUGGCUCAAUUUGCUCCAUAACAUUCGGGCUAGCUAGCAAAAACUGGCCCUUUGUUCCAUAAAUAAAGCAGAUCUUUUUUGUC